CGAGCCAGUCUUCACCGCUGGAUCUGGACCUGAAUUCUACAUCCGUGGAUCCGAUCGUGAGGAACAGAAGUGUCCAUUCGGCCAGGUCUUCGUGCUUGAAUCGUGCUGCUGCGAAUUCGAAUUCGUCCCAGUCGCUCCAUGUGACGAUACCUCAAGCUUUUACUUUGCCGACCCCGAUGGUGAUGGCUGCUGUACCUAUGUACAAUGCUUUGCCAACAGAACCGGUUAUGAUACCCUCGAGUGCAUGCCACCAAGCGUCUGGAAUGACGAAGAAAAGGCCUGUGAUAUCGUCAACAACGUCAUGGACUGUAUGAAUGUCAACUGUGGACUUGAGAUGACCGACCCACCUUGUGAUGGUAGUGGACAAGGAACUUGUUGCCGUGCCGGGAACUAUUACUCGGAGGGUGGAGACAACACUCAAUACAUCAUUACCGAUGGUCCAGGAGCCAGUGACAGAGCCGAGUGCUGCCCAUUGAAUAUGGAUGGUGAGCAGUUGGUCUUCAACUUUGACGAAGAAGUAUGCUGCUGCGAACUUCCAUCAUUUUAAUAGGAGUUAAUAAAGGAAACAAACAAAUAAAAUAUUUUUGUCCAGAUCAAAUCUUUUGUCUUUAAAUACGGUACCAGUUUCCAUUUGUAUUACGUGCGAAAUAUCUCGCUCACAUUUUCCUGAGGUUUAUCCAGGUUCUCGGCAAUUUCGAUAUUUUCGAUAUAUUAGAUAUUUCGAGUAUCUAUAUACAAGC